AAAAUAUAAUAUGGGAAGUGACUAUCCUCCUCCUCCUCAUCUUCUCCUUUUUCCAUAUCCAGCACAAGGUCAUGUAAUGCCUUUAAUGGAGCUGGCUCAAACCCUAGCCAUCCAUGGUCUAAACAUCACCUUUCUUAACACCCAAACUAAUCAUAAUCGUCUCAUUGCCUCCACCAUUCUCGAAAAUGGAACUUCUAGUCUAAGCCAUCGUAUUCGAAUGGUUUCUUUACCAGACUUGGCCGAUAAUGAGUACCACAUGGAUCAACUCAGGCAACCAAUGUUGGAGAAGCUUGUUAGUGAGCUCAAUGAGAAAGAUGAUGAUCAUGGCAGGAUUACAUGCUUCCUGGCUGAUUACUGCGCCGCCUGGUCCUUGGAGGUUGGCAAGAAGAUGGGAAUCAAGACGGCAGUUUUCGUGCCCUUUUCAGCCACUACUUUGCUUCUUAUAUCCAACAUUCAAAAUCUCAUUGAUGAUGGAACCAUUGAUCAAGAAGGUGUUCCUUUAAGGAAAGAUGCAAAUAUUGAGUUUUCACCAUUGCUUCCGCACAUAAAUACAAAAGAUUUUACAUGGGUGAGAUCCAAUUCCGUGGAGAUAAAGAGGGUCCUUUUUGAUUUGGUUAAGAGCGGCAUGGAAAAAGAAAAAUUAUCUCAAUGGACCAUCAUCAACACAACCCAAAGUCUCGAGUCUGCAGCCCUAAGCUUGGUUCCACAGGCUCGGCCUAUAGGCCCACUCAUCUCGGUCAACCGACAAGCCGGUAACCUCUGGCUGGAGGACUUAGAAUGCCUAAAAUGGUUAGACCAACAAUCAACAAACUCUGUUAUAUAUGCUGCAUUUGGGAGCACAACAUUUUUUAGUCAUGAUCAAUUUCUUAAUUUGGCUAGUGGACUUGAGCUCACAAAUAGGCCGUUUUUGUGGGUAAUUAGACCCGACAGCGUAAACGGGGCUGAGCUUGAGUACAUUGAAAGGGUUUUGGAUCGAGUCGGGACCAUGGGCAAGGUGGUUAAGUGGGCACCUCAGGAGAAGGUUUUGGGACACCCUUCGGUUGCUUGUUUCUUUACUCACUGCGGUUGGAAUUCGACUAUUGAAGGUAUUAGUAAUGGUUUGCCUCUCUUGUGUUGGCCAUACAUUGGUGACCAAUUCAUGGAUAAAAAUUACAUAUGUUAUGUUUGGAGGGUUGGUUUGGGAUUUGAGAGGAAGGAUGAGGAGGUAAUAAGUAAAGAAGAAAUUAGAGACAAAAUUGAGACAUUGAUUAGUGACAAGUCUUUCAAAGCAAGGGCUUUAGAACUUAAGGACUCAACUCUAAGUUGUGUUAAGGAAAAUGGUAGUUCAUACAAAAACUUGCUUGAUUUUAUUGAGUGGGUGAGAAAUUGA